GCAUUAAUCGUUUGGUAGUUCAAAUGCGACAUCAUACUUAUAUGUUUAGUAGGUACUUGUCAAAUUUGAAAUAUAAUUUUUGUAACGUACGAACCAAAUUUUUGUAAAACCCCAAAAUUGCAAGUAGGAACCUGAAAUAAAUGGGGACCAAAGACAUCACAGAAUUUAGAAACGCCCUUAAAGAUAUUGCCAAUCACUCGCACAGCUUAGAAAGCCCGUUUGAUAGGGUGAGAUGUGUCGAAUGGUGUAGAAUGCUAAGCGGCUUGUCUGACGAUGAUUUAGAAUCGUGCAAACGAAAAAACGAGUAUAUUCAACUGAUGCGAAUCCAAGUGCGCAAUCAGUUCUUGCAUGGUCCAUUUGUGAAUCCCCCUCCAGAUAGUGGCAAAUUGGUUAACCUCGCCGAAUGUCUGGGUAAUUUGAUGGCAAAUCAGAUCCCAUAUCUGCCUAGAAUGGGACCGAUCAGCCCUAUCUUGCAACACAAAUCUCCUGAUGGAAGGGCUUACAUCUCUGCAAAACAAAUACCAGGUGCUGGAGUAUUUUGCUAUAUGGCAGUUAGUCCAGACGGGCUGAAAUGUCAAGGGAUGAAGAAGGGUGGCUGAUCAUUUGCUCAAAUCUGAACUCAGAGCAGUUGUUCUGUGACUAAUAAAAAAAUACUGCAAACAUUGAAAAAUCGAACAUAGGCUUUUAAACAAUGGUCAUGAAACAAGUGCUGUAUUAUAAUUCAAAAUUGGUUUAAAUGUGUUCAUUAAUUUUGUAGAAGUGAAAAUGUCGACAAAACAUGUAACUCUGUAGAUCUCCCUUCUAAAGCUGAGAUACUUGUAAGACGCAGUUAACGAAAGUUGCUGCAAUAAUAAUGCAGGCUAAAGAGUUGCAAAAAGAACAAUUUCAAGCAACCUCAAAUAAAAAAAUAGUUGUUUGAGAUAUGACCAUUGUUGAUAGCUACAGAAUACAGCUCUGAGUUACUGACAUGAAUAAAAACAUAAUUGUUGAAAGUAUAAUAUUUAUUAACAAUUCUGUUGAUAAUCAAUUACAAUAAUCCUACAAUUUGGAAUAUAAUACAUUUUACACAAGCA